AUGGAGUUGCUGCCCCUUUGGCUCUGCCUGGGUUUUCACUUCUUGACGGUGGAAUGGAAGAGCAGAAGCGGAACAGCCACAGCAGCUUCCCACGGGGGCUGCAAGUUGGUAGGUGGAGUUGCUGACUGUCAAGGGCAGAACCUCGCUUCAGUGCCCAGCAUCCUCCCGCCCCACUCCCAGAUGCUCAUCCUGGAUGCCAACCCUCUCAAGACCCUGUGGAAUCACUCCCUCCAGCCUUACCCUCUCCUGGAGAGCCUCAGCCUACACAGCUGCCACCUGGAACGUGUUGGCCGUGGUGCCUUCAGGGAGCAAGGCCACCUGCGCAGCCUGGCUCUGUCUGACAACUGCCUCUCAGAGAACUACAAGGAGACGGCAGCUGCUCUGCAUACCCUGCAGGGUCUGCAGAGGCUGGACCUGUCGGGAAACUCCCUGACCGAAGACAUGGCAACCCUCAUGCUCCAGAACCUCUCCUCGCUGGAGUCUGUGUCCCUGGCAAGGAACACCAUCAUGAGACUUGAUGACUCAGUCUUUGAGGGCCUGGAGCACCUCAGGGAACUGGAUUUGCAGAGGAACUAUAUCUUUGAGAUUGAGGGUGGUGCUUUUGAUGGCUUGACUGAGCUGAGGCAUCUCAAUCUGGCCUAUAACAACCUCCCCUGCAUCGUGGACUUCAGCCUCACACAGCUGCGGCUGCUCAAUGUCAGCUACAAUGUCCUGGAGUGGUUCCUGGCAUCUGAGGAACAGGCUGCCUUUGAGCUGGAGACGCUGGACCUGUCUCACAACCAGCUGCUGUUUUUCCCGCUCCUGCCCCAGUGCAGCAAGCUGCACACCCUCCUGCUGCGGGACAACAACAUGGGCUUCUACAGAGACUUGUACAACACCUCGUCACCGCAGGAGAUGGUGGCCCAGUUCCUCCUUGUGGACGGCAAUGUGACCAAUGUCACCACCGUCAACCUCUGGGAAGAGUUUGCCUCCAGUGACCUCUCAGAUCUCCGCUUUCUAGACAUGAGCCAGAACCAGUUUCAGUACCUGCCUGAUGGCUUCCUGAAGAAAAUGCCCUCCCUCUCCCACCUGAACCUCAACCAGAAUUGCCUGAUGACGCUCCACAUCCGGGAGCACGACCCCCCUGGGGCGCUCACUGAACUGGACCUGAGCCACAACCAGCUGUCACAGCUGCACUUGGCUCCGGGGCUCACGGGCUGCCUCAGGAGCCUCCGCUUGUUCAACCUGAGCUCCAACCAGCUACUAGGUGUCCCCACUGGCCUUUUUGCCAGUGCCAGUAACAUCACUACAAUUGACAUGAGCCACAAUCAGAUCUCUCUUUGUCCCCGGCCAGUUCCCUUAGACCCCGUGGGCCCCCCCAGCUGUGUGGAUUUCAGGAAUAUGGCAUCUUUGAGGAGCCUCUCUUUGGAGGGCUGUGGGCUGGGGGCAUUACAAGACUGCCCAUUCCAGGGGACCUCCCUCACUCACUUAGACCUGUCCAGCAACUGGGGGAUCCUGAACGGGAGCAUCACCCCGCUCCGGGACAUUGCCCCCAUGUUACAGGUCCUGUCUCUCAAGAACGUGGGCCUCAGUUCCAGCUUCACAGAGUUGGAUUUCUCUGGGUUUGGGAAUCUGAGGGACUUGGAUCUGUCGGGAAAUUGCUUGACCAGCUUCCCAAGGUUUGGGGGCAGCCUGGCCCUGCAGACCCUGGAUCUCCGCAGAAACUUGCUCACAGCCCUUCCCCAGAGGGUUGUGUCUGAGCAGCUUUUGAAAAAUCUGCGGACCAUCUACCUCAGUCAGAAUCCAUAUGACUGCUGUGGGGUGGAGGGCUGGGGGGCCCUGCAGCGCCUGCAGACCGUCGCUGACUUGGCCAUGGUCACUUGCAACCUCUCCUCCAAGGUCAUCCGUGUGAUGGAGCUGCCCGGGGGCGUGGCCCAGGACUGUAAGUGGGAGAGGGUGGACAUGGGCCUGCUCUACCUCGUGCUCAUUCUCCCCAGCUGCCUCACCCUGCUGGUGGCCUGCACCAUCAUCUUCCUCACUUUUAAGAAGCCUCUACUCCAGGUAAUCAAGAGCCGCUGCCACUGGUCCUCCAUAUACUGA